UAUGACAUUUGUCAAAAGAAUGUAAAAUAUAAUUUGCAUAAACAGAAAUUUUACGAAAUUUGUUUAUAAAUGAAACUUUUCACAAAUCGUUCCUAUUUCUAAUAAACACCAUGGAGGUGCAAGUAGAGACUGCAGUGCGCGUGUGCCCCCUCGAAUACAAUAACGGGGAGAUGGUUUGCGUUCAAACAAACCCCUUAAACCACACAGUGCAACUAAACAAUCAAGUUUACCCAGUGAAUUACGCUUUGCCGAUAAAUUGUUGUCAAAAUACAGUAUUUUCUACGACCGUAAUGCCAAUGGUUAACCUGCUACUCGAUGGUUGUGAUGUUUCAAUAGUAACCAUCGGUCAAUCAGGUUCUGGUAAAACCUACACUUUAUACGGUCCUGGGUUCCAUUUCGCUGCUAGCGAAAGCGAACACGGGAUAAUACCUCGAUUUAUCAGAGAGGUAUUCAACAAGGUCGUACAAUAUAGGGAUAGAAGUUAUUCAAUUCACAUAACUUGGUCUCAGAUAUGUGGUGAAACCGUACAAGAUCUAAUCGGGGGCUGUAGCGUAGAAUGUAUGGGAAUACUGGAUGCUUUUAGGCAUAUACAGAUGGGUUUGAGUAAUUUAACUUCUAAAGGGGCGCAUUCGUUGUUUACUUUAACUUUAGAGCAGCAGUGGGUGAUUGAUUCUACUGUACAGCAUAGAAUUUCGACUGCAAGUUUUGCGGAUUUGGCAGGUGGUGAGAAAGUAAUGAUGUAUGAUACAAAUGGUUUCAUGCAGACUCUACCCAUAGAUCCUGGUUUGAGAGCUUUACAACAAUGCAUACUUACUUUAUCUGAGCCUUACAUCAACCAACUAAACUUUGAUCAGGUGCCUUUUAACCAAUCUGUUCUAACAACUUUACUCAGAGAUUCAUUCGGAGGCAGAGCAAAGACUUUAGUGAUGUGUUGUAUAUCUCCUUUGAUUCAAGACUUUGCUGAAACUUUAUACUCCUUACAGUUAGCACUGAGAUGUAGAUUGAUUAAAAAUAUUGUUACUGUAAACUCUUACAUCACCUAUGAAGCUAUUCAAGAUAGUUUAGACGUAUUUGGACUACAAUUUGCUGCUAAUCAGUUGUUCAAAUUAGUGUCCAAUGCAGAAGAGCUGUUCCAAAAGUUGGUGCUCAAUGGUGGAUUGCAUCAAGCUGAAGUGGAUCAAAUUUCGCAAUGGUUGACUUUGAAACAGGAGUGUGAGGAAUGUCUGAGUGAGAAUUCUGAACCACAUAGAUCUUUAGAACGAAUAGAAGAGGAAAUUGAAGAUAGUUCUGAAAGUAUCGUGAGCGAUAGUGAGAGUAUUUUAGAGGAGGAGGAAUCUCAAACUUUGCUGGAAAAAUUGGAUGUACUUAUGGAUAGUUUUAAAUCCACUACUGAUCAUAUUAUCUCUGAGUCUAAUAUAGUUGAUAGCGUCAGUUCUGAUGAUACUAAGGAUACUCCAAAUAGUUCUAGUCAUACCUACCAUUCUAAAGGCGCAAGAUGUAGAAGAGGCAGCGUACAUUCAAUCGCUGACAUCCACUCGCUCUCUCUUAAUUCUUUAAAAAUCGCCGAAAGCGAAGAAGUUUUGAUCGAAACCGACCAAAAAUCCAACGUUCUAACCUACGAAACCAAAAAGAAAGUAUUAAAACAAAUAAAAUCCGUGAUAGAAGGUCGUCAAAAGCAAAUCGGCGACUUAGAGCAGACGAUCAAAGUCAAACAAAACUUAAUGCAGCAGCUGUUGCAGCACAAAGACACCCAAUCGAACGCCUUAGUCAAAAUCGAACAAAACUAUCACAGAUUGAAGAACGAUUUUGACAGCACCGAAGCCAAAAUGUUACAAGCUCAAAGCCAGAAGAAUCACUAUUUAGAAGAACAGUACAAAUCCGAAUUGGAACAAUUAGAGAUCAAGUUGAACAAUUCGAAAUCAUUGAAGGACCAUAUUACAGAGGAUGGAAAAAAAUGUUCUGAAUUAAAAGCUAGUUUAGAAGCGUCUAAAAAGCAAUUGGAUAAAUUGAAGAAGUAUAAAAAGAAGGAGGAAAAGAGAAAACAAACGUACGAGUCUCAAAUUAAACACGAAGCUAACAAAAUGAGUAAAUCAAAAGAAAGUUCUAGCAGCGAAAAAAAUAAAAGCUCAGAUAAUAAUCUACAAUUAGUCAUUUGCUCAAAUAAAAACAAACCAAAUAAACUACCGGUACCGAUCAAUUCCGAAGAAUUAGAAUGCCUCAGGCACGAAAUACGAAAUUUAAGAAAAACCAGAGAUUUCCUUCUAGAACAAAAAUUAAAAAUGGACAUCAAAUCGCAACACAAGAAAAUCAUGAACGAAAUCGAAGAAAGGAAGUUGUUUCAAUACGAGGAAGCCAUCGAGGCGAUCGAUUUGGCUAUCGAAUAUAAGAACGAGAUCAUGUGCGGGCACGUUCCUGUCAGCGAAAUGGCUUUGGAGAUUGUCGAAGAGCAAGAGGAUACGUUGUUGAUGGAUAGGUUGAUGAAGCUUAGCGAGAAUGAGAUGAGGAUUCUUUUGCAUAAGUAUUUCCAAAAGGUGGUAGAUUUACGAAGUAGCAGCAAGAAAUUGGAAAUGCAAGUAAUCGAAUAUGAAAAUCAAAACGAAAAUCUUGCCGGUCGUUUACAAAACCUCAGCCAUACUCUUCACCAAGUCAGAUUAGAAGGCGAAAGACGAAUGGUGCAACAACAGCAACAACACGAAGACAAAAUUCAUCUGGUGCUGAGGCAUUUGGCGAACGAAAAUCCUCGGGAUUCCAAUCAAGUGAUACCAAGACUGAUAGGAAAUAAACUGAUACCAAGGUCAGUAGGAGGUGGCGGCAAACCAGUGGGCAAAAGCAGCAGCUUGAUAACGAGAAUCACCAGCAUAGCCAGACACGAAAUCGUUCCGAGACAAUUACAAUCUGUGAUUCCAGCACCACAGGCGAAAAUUACCAGACAAAAGAACAAAUUGAUCAUACAACAAACCAACAACAAGUAGAAUAGGAUAUUAUAAUGACAGUAUACAGAGCGAGAAAAAAUUUAAUCAAAACAUUAUGGAGAUACGAAAUUGGUUAAAUAGGAAAAAAAUCGUCUGGAAAUGGCGCGUAUUUUUCCAAUUUAACGAAAUUUGUAUCUUUUAUUAAUGUUUAAUUAAAUUCUCGCCACUCUGUAUAGUUUUUUCAAAGCUUUAAACUAUAAAUCGAUGAUAUUAAGUACGCUAAAGAUUUGCAGUUCGUUUUCUAGAUCCAGAAAAACGUUCAGGCAAAAUUCCCCCUCAUUUCCCCACAAUUUCUUCCAGUUCCCCACAAUAUUCUCAACUUUCCUUACAAUUCCCCUAAAAUUCCUUACAAUUUUCCUAAAUUUCCUUCUCAUUCCCCUCAGCUUUACCAAAUUCCCCACAAUUUUCUCGAUUCCACCAUAAUUCUCCAACAAUUCCCCCACAAGUCUCCAAAAUUCCCCAAAUUUCCACGAAUCCCCCCUCAUUCCCACAAUUUUCCUCUGUUAGGCGUUUGAGAAUUGAAUUCUCCAAUAAAUCAGUAUUUUAAUAUUAUUCUAGGAAUGUAAAAAUAAAAAAAAAUAAUGGAUGAUACAAUUAGGAUUAGUUUGCAAGCAAAGACUUGCGAACUAUAAAGUGGCUCUAAUAAUUGAUUUUGCCGUGUGUAUGGGUUGAAAAACAAUGCACUAUAUUUUAAUUUUAUUAAGCAUUUAAUACAUGACAUUUCGAUGCAAAAACAAAAUGUACAUUUUUUUAAAGAAACAAUUUUUCAUUAAAUUUGAACAUAAAACUCCAUAUUAUACAUAUAAAAAGCGUAAUUUAUUUAAUUUGUGAUAUUUUUUAUUAUUGUAAAUAAACGACUUGUGAGAUAA